UCUGAACCAAUCACUGCCGCCUGGGGGCGGGUCGUGUGUGGACUGUUGUGGAUAUGGAAAAUGGACAAUUUAACACGCACAUUCAUCAUUCAUAUCCCGACGGGGAGACCUGCGCUCGCACGCUGAAUUGAUUCGCAAAUGCCCGGCCGUGGUGUGAAAAGGAAAAUUACCAGAGAGGGGAAGAGCCUGGCUCGCCACCCGGAGGGGCCCUGCAGACGGCAGUCGCGCCAGGCACCAUGAGGCAGCAAGCUUGGCCUGAGAGAGCGGAGAAAUCACCCUUCAUCACUCUCAACCGGGCUGGGCAGCGGAGGAAAUGCACACAGAAGCAGCGCAUGCCACAGCAGACACAGGCUAAUACACACAUCUGAGAGUACAGUGGAGAGCAAAUGGGGAAGGCAGAAAGAGACUGAGAGAGGGGAGUCAGUAACUCAGAUUGCGUCAUUCUAAAUGGCAGAGUGGACUGGGCCACCCUCAGAGGCGGUGAUGUCCUUGUUAACGCAUUGUCCUUCGUUAGAACCUCCUUGUUAGAAAUCACAAGUCAGUCCCCCGCCCCUGUGAGGCUACAGAGCUGAGGGGCAGAGGAGAGGAAAAACAGAGGACGAGAGAGAGAGACCGAGCGGAAAAAAGAGACUGUGACAGGCCCCCAUGCAGGCCCGUAAGAAGUAUGUUCUGCUGGGCUUGUGUGCGUGCUGCUGGCUGGUCCUCUUUUACUGGGGUGGAGGAGUCCAGCUACGUCUGCUCCGGCUGCUGACACGCCAGCGGGGUGAAGUGGUGCGCCCCUGGCCCAACUGGACCGACAGGGCUUUCCUACCCCGCUAUGCCCACCUGGAUGAGCUCCAGACGGACCCUGGGACGGCUGAGUCGCCCCGCCAGCGCCGUCAGGCCUGGUCUGCCAUUUAUAAGGACAGUCGCUGCCGCAUGGAGACCUGUUUUGACUUCUCACGAUGUCGCCGCAGAGGAAGGGAAGGGUUCAGGGUGUAUAUAUAUCCAUCAGAGAAAAAUGAUCUUGUGUCAGAAAGCUACAGGAAGAUCUUGACGUCCAUAGGUGAGUCCCGUUACUACACAUCAGACCCCCGUGAAGCAUGCCUGUUCGUGCUCGGGAUAGACACCUUAGAUCGGGACCAGCUAUCAGGACAGUUUGUGCCCAAUGUGGAUGAACGUAUCCGUGGUUACCCGCUGUGGAAUGACGGGCGGAACCACCUGAUCUUCAACCUGUACUCAGGCACCUGGCCUAACUACACAGAGGACCUGGGCUUCAACAUCGGCCAGGCCAUCUUAGCCAAAGCCAGCCUCAACACAGAACACUUCAGGCCAGGCUUUGACGUCUCCAUCCCGCUGUUCUCAAAAGAUCACCCGCAGAAGGGUGGAGAGCGGGGCUGGCUGGUGAGAAACACCAUACCCCCACGAAGGAAGUACCUGCUUAUGUUCAAGGGGAAGCGUUAUCUGACAGGCAUCGGCUCAGACACCAGAAAUGCACUCCAUCACAUCCACAAUGGGAAGGACAUUGUGUCGUUGACGACAUGCCGCCAUGGGAAGGACUGGGAGAAGCACAAAGACGCCCGCUGUGACCAUGACAACCUGGAAUAUGAGAGGUUUGAUUACCAGGAGCUCCUCCACAACUCCACUUUCUGUUUGGUGCCUCGAGGUCGACGUCUGGGCUCCUUUCGCUUCCUAGAGUCUCUGCAGGCGGCGUGUAUCCCAGUGCUGCUGAGUAAUGGUUGGGAGCUGCCGUUCUCUGAUGUCAUACAGUGGAACCAGGCGGUCAUUGAGGGAGAUGAGAGAUUACUACUACAGGUGCCAUCCACAGUGAGAGCGGUGGGGAAUGAGAGAGUCCUGGCCCUCAGACAGAGGACCCAGAUGCUGUGGGAAGCCUACUUCUCUUCUGUGGACAAGAUAGUCCUCACCACACUGGAGAUCAUUAAGGACCGUGUGUUCUCCCACAUUUCGAGGAACAAGUACAUGUGGAACUCCCUGCCAGGAGGCCUGCUGGUCCUGCCAGAGUACUCCACUCACCUUGCACACUUCCCUUUCUACUACCUGGGAUUAGGUGUCAGUCCAGGUCAAGAGUUCACUGCUGUCAUCCAUGCUGUUUCCCCAUUGGUCUCCCAGUCUCAGCCAAUCAUGAAGCUGCUUCAGGUGGUCUCCAAGUCAAAAUACUGCUCGCAGAUCAUCAUUCUCUGGAACAGCGAGAAGCCGCCACCCAGUCGGAGCAAAUGGCCUCCCAUGCCCGUCCCCCUCACAGUAACAGACGGCAGGAGGAAGACCACCAGUCGGUUCCUACCUCACGUUGCCAUAGAGACAGAAGCAGUGCUGAGUCUGGAUGAGGAUACAGUGCUGCUGACCAGUGAGGUGAACUUUGCCUUCUUGGUGUGGCGGAGCUUCCCUGAACGGAUUGUGGGCUACCCUCCCAGGAGCCACUUCUGGGAUCCCCUGAAGCGUGCCUGGGGCUACACCUCUAAAUGGACCAAUGACUACUCCAUCGUCCUGACUGGAGCUGCCUUCUACCACAGGUACUACCACUACCUGUUCUCCCACUACCUACCCCAGUCUCUGCGGACUCUGGUGGAUCGCACCUCCAACUGCGAAGACAUCCUGAUGAACUUCCUGGUCUCUGCUGUAACCCACCUGCCGCCAAUCAAAGUGGCUCAAAGGAAGCAGUACAAAGAGUUGCCCAGUCCACAGGGUACAAAGAGUGUCCCCUGGGCCAACCCGGAGCACUUCAACCAGCGGCAGGAGUGUGUCAACACCUUCGCCAACUGGUUUGGCUACAUGCCCCUGGUCCACUCACAGUUUCGCCUGGACCCCGUGCUCUUCAAAGAUCAAGUGUCUGUCCUCCGAAAGAAGUACAAAGACCUGGAGAGAGCUUGAAAAUGACGGACAAAAUGUACAAAAAGGCUUGAAAGCAUCGAGUUUCUGGUCUAGUGGCCUUUUGGACAGACAAAUGGACCAAUCGAUGGACAGUCAAGAGGGGAAACUCAAGACUGUCUGGGAUGUGGACAAAAUGGCAGUGUGGUCUGUUUGUGACAUGGACAAAGUACAAUCAUCAGACAGACCCUGGUGGACUGUUCUGGACUAUAUACAUAUAAAUAUGAAGAGAAAAGGGCCUAUAUAAGUUUGAGAGGAGCUUCAGAUGAUUCUCCCACCUCCACGAGUCUGUUAAGACAACAAAGGAGGAAAUUUCGGGGCCUUGAAAGAGUCCCUGAUGUUGGGCCUUUCACAAAGAAAGGACAAUCUCUAUUGGACAGCAAAAAAAAUGAGCGUGUGUCAACACUUCAGAUGUCAGUGCUAUUGCUGUGACGACGAGGAAAGAAAUGGCCAUCUAAUGCCAGAAGGGACUGGUAUUGGUGCCAUGCACUCCAGCUGUCAAUGUGUAUCUCAGCGUUACAGAGCAGGGACUGUUGCCAUGGAAACAGAUCAUUUCACAUCAAAAUGCUAACUGUAAAACCAAUAAAAUGAUUUAUAAAUGCAAA